AUGGGAGCAACGAGCAGCGGCCCCGGCCCGGCCCCGGCCCCGGUGCGGCCCCCCCAGGGCCGCGCCGUGGGGUCGUGGGUGCGGGCGCUGCUGAGCCGCGCUGGGUCGAUGCCGGUAUCGGUACCGGUGCCGGUACCGGGGCUCGCCCUGGCCCCGCGGGGCCCCGCCGAGGAGCCGCCUCUGCCCGGGUGGCCGCUGCCGCAGCUCGUCUCGUUGUUCCUGCCGGAGUUCCCCGUCCGCCCCUCCGCCCGCCAGCAGCAGCUCAAGAUCCUGGGCUUUGUGGCCAAAGGCUCCUUCGGGACCAUCCUCAAAGUGCUGGACUGUGGGAGGGAGAAGGUCUGCGCUGUGAAGGUCGUGCCCAAAGUGGAGGUGCUGCGCCGCGACACCCUCAAGCAGUGCAAGGAAGAAGUCAGCAUACAGAGACAGGUCAGGCACCCGUUUGUCCACGGGCUGGGGGACAGCUGGCAGGGCCAGCGCCACCUCUUCAUCAUGUGCACCUACUGCAGCACUGGGGACCUGCACGCGCUCUGGCGCGCCGCCGGCUGCUUCGCCGAGGCCACCGUCCGCCUGUUCGCCGCUGAACUGGUGCUGGUGCUGGUGUACCUCCACGACCUGGGCAUCAUGCACAGAGAUGUGAAGAUGGAGAACAUCCUCCUGGAUGAGAGAGGGCACCUCAAGCUCACAGACUUUGGCCUCUCCCGGUACCUGCAGUGGGGCGAACGAGCCCACACAAUCUGUGGCACCCUGCAGUACAUGGCCCCAGAGGUGCUGAGUGGGGGGCCCUACAGCCACGCAGCAGACUGGUGGUCCCUGGGAGUCCUGCUCUUCGCCCUGGCCAGCGGGGAGUUCCCCGUGGCGCCGGCGGGGGACCAUGUGGCCAUGCUGGAACGUGUCAAACAGAGCAGCUAUGAGAGCCCACCUGCAUUCAGCCCUGAGCUGGCUCGGCUGCUUGCCGAGUUGCUGUGCCACAACCCCCUGUACCGCCUGCGCUACCUCCACCACUUCCAGGGCCACCCGUUCUUCCGUGGAGUGGCCUUCGACGCUGACCUGCUGCAGAAGGAUCCGGUGGUGGUGGCAGUGGCCCCGCAACCCCGCGAGCAGUCCCCGCCCGACCCCGCCACCUUCGCCGACUUUGACUACGACCUCGCCGCCUCCCCGGACCGGCCCUGGCCUGGCUGAGCCACCAUGGCUGGUACCCUCGGCAUCGCUCAGGGACAUCCCCCCACCCCGGCAGCGGGUCGGACCCUGCUG